GAUGCCGCCGGCCAAACUGAUGAACAGCGUGGAGAAGAUAGUUCAAUAAAGAGAGCUGAAGUACUGAAAGCUGAAGCCGUUGGUCUCACGGUGCAGUGUUAUCAUAGUUUGGCUGCUUGCAUUGUGAAUGGCCAGAAUCGUACAGAAUCUGAUUUUUUGCGUGCCGUUGAUUAUUGUGAUAAGGUUCUAUCGUAUGAACCUGGGAAUGGAAAGGUUUUGCUUCUCAAGGUAUCGGCACUCAGAAAAGCAAACAGGCUCGAAAAUGCAGUUGCUUUUCUGCGGAAAUACGAUGACAACAGUUUGAAAGCGAAUCUGAAAGCAAUUGGUGCUCCAUUAGUUUCAUGCCUCGAAAAAUAG